AUGUACAAAUACAGCUUUCUAAAGAAGGAUAAACUCACUGAGGAAGCAAAACAAGCCUGUGUCAUCUUGCAGAUAGACCCGGCUCUUCUGCAGGCAAAGCCUGAAGAAGCCUUCCUAAAGGAAGGCGUUUCAAAGAAGGUUGCGGAGACAAGACACUAUCAUUAUCAGAUGAAAAGGAAACAAUUUCUUGAUGAGAUCAGUGAUUAUUUAAGAGACCUCUCUAAUAAAGGCAACAGUAAAGGUUUCAUGAGGAGCAAGUUUGUAAGUCAUGAAAUUAAGAAAGCCAAAAUUAGUAGCCAGAGAAGCUCCCCCUACUUCUCAACUGUAAAACCUGAUAUUCCGUUAAGAGAACCUCUUGGAGAAGAAAGUAGGAGGAAGAGACAGUUGGCUAAAAAUAUACUUGAUCAAGAGUUAAAAUAAGCUAGUGACUAAAAAUAAAAAGGAUCAAGAGGAUAGAAUUAACAGAACCAUGAAAUACGGCUCUCCGAAAAGGAAGACCAAGUGGAAAUUAGAAGAUAAUCAGGAGAAAAUCCUUAAACAGAAAGAGAAGCGCAUGCAAGCCAAGAUUCGCGCUGAGCAAGAAGCCAAGAGACGUGAGAGCACCAUCCUAAAUAACUUCAAAAAGCAUGAGAAGAGACGUAUUGAGUCUUUGAAGAAGAUCAAUAAUUCUAUCUCUCAGCAGCAUGAAGUCUACAAAAAUGAUCAAAGGCAUUAUCUUGAAAUCAGGAAUAUGUCAGUCUCCAACAAAUUAGAGGAAGAAAAAUAAUGUACAAACAGCUCUGGAAAAAUUUGAUAGAAAAAUGAAAUAAAUUUGAACAGAAUAAGCUCAAGUACCAACAAAAUCAGCUGAAGGAUCGACACAGGAGGAACUUGAUCUCUCCAAAUGUUCAUAUGAACUCUGCCAUUCAGAGAGUUCCAAAUCUCACUCAGAAAGGAGAUACCAAUGGGGAUGAGAUCACUCAGCGAAAGAAAUUAGAGCAAUCAUUUAAGAAUCAAAUCAUGCAUAAGAAAAAGCGAGAUAGACAUUUCUUAGAAAUCAGACGUGCUCAACAAGAACGACUUGCUAAAGAGCAUGAGAGGUUUAAGGUCAAUAUAAAGCAGAGGGAUAUAGAUCUCCAACAUCGUAACCAAAUGCUGAUGAAGCGGAUAAGGGAGAAAUCAAGCAUGAUCUCUCAAGAACUGCAAGAAGAGCAAGAACUUAAACGAGAGAAUCAAAGAUUACGAAAGAAAAACCUUGUGUUGAACAAGAGAAGGACUAAAGCCCUUGAGUCAAAUUACAAAGACCAGCUGAUAGAUCAUCUUCUUGAAAAGAAGGAUAGAGCUGUGCGAGCCAGAGAAAGGAGCCAGACUGCAGGUUUUUUCAACUCUUUGAGCACUGGAGUUCUUUAG